UUCCCAGCCACCGCACCUCUAGCGGUUCUCCCUGGCUGGGACCCAUGGAGCCCGGGGUGCUGGCUCCGCACAACCUUUCGCACCACGAGCCAAUCAGCUUCGGCAUUGAUCAGAUUCUGAGCGGCCCCGAACCCCCAGGAGGCGGCCUAGGCCCGGGUCGCACGGGCCAGAGCCAAGGGGACAGUGCAGCGUUCUCGGGUGGAUUCCACGGAGCCUCGGGCUAUGGACCCUCAGGCUCUCUGGCCCCGCUGCCCAGCAGCUCUGGAGUGGGCCCAGGCGGCGUGAUCCGCGUCCCGGCUCACCGCCCGCUGCCCGUGCCGCCGCCCGCGGGAGGCGCCCCUGGGGUCCCUGGGCCCUCAGGGCUGGGCGGCGCCGGAGGCCUAGCGGGACUCACCUUUCCUUGGAUGGACAGCGGCCGCCGCUUUGCCAAGGACCGGCUCACGGCUGCGCUCUCGCCCUUCUCUGGGACACGCCGCAUAGGCCACCCGUACCAAAACCGGACACCCCCGAAGCGGAAGAAGCCGCGCACGUCCUUUUCCCGCUCACAGGUGCUGGAGCUGGAGCGGCGGUUCCUGCGCCAGAAAUACCUGGCCUCAGCCGAGAGGGCGGCGCUGGCCAAGGCCUUGCGCAUGACAGACGCACAGGUCAAGACCUGGUUCCAGAACCGACGCACCAAGUGGCGGCGCCAGACCGCAGAGGAGCGCGAGGCCGAGCGGCACCGCGCGGGCAGGCUGCUCCUGCACCUGCAGCAGGACGCGCUACCACGGCCGCUGCGGCCGCCGCUGCCCCCGGACCCGCUCUGCCUGCACAACUCAUCGCUCUUCGCGCUGCAGAACCUGCAGCCCUGGGCAGAGGACAACAAAGUGGCUUCCGUGUCGGGGCUGGCCUCGGUGGUGUGAGCUACGCCCGCCGAAUCGGUCGAGCACGCCAGGUCCGCGGUGGUGGAGCACACAGCUGUCCGCGCACGUGGACUCGUGGUAGCCGAGUUAUGAGGAGCAGCAGGACUUGAGAAAUCAUCUAGGGCUCCUUGGCCAACAGCGGGCACUCAGGCCAGCGCUGAGCAGACGCCGGGAGCGAUCAGACGCGGCCUUUCCCGCCAUUUUUCACUGACAGGCUGUUAAACAGCUGCUGGGAUUUGAGGCUCCAAAGGGCGGGACCUGCAGGACAGUAGCCAAUGAGGUGUGUGGGGUGGGGUGGGGUGGGGGAGCGGCCUGGCCAACCCCAACUGCCCUUUGGAGGGACAGCGGUGAGUGGGCUCAGAGCUGGGGUUCUAGGAGCGCGAGCUGCGAGGCCAGCAGUCCUGGGCAAGAGGUGGCUGCAGCCAGGGCUGUUUUGGUUUAUAUACGGAAGGUAUAAGGAAGAUGCCAGUGACAGCAGAGUAAAAGAAGCGCCAGAGCUGAAAAUCUGGCCGAUUGUGACAGGGAUCAGAGGGUUGUCCAUGCUGGGCAUCUCAUCCUGCAACUGUAAAAUAAUCGCUAAGGGUUCCUUCUUGA